AAUUCAAGUAACAGUAUUCUCGCAUACAUAUAUAACGUCGGAAACACGUGGCUAUCACAAGUUUAUUAUAACUUUAUCUUAUCAUGCAAAUUUAGUCAUCCUUAGCAUCGUACACUAGAGAAACAUGUGUAAUAAAUUACUCGCUGCUUUUUGCUAUCGCCGCCACAUAAUAUUUACAUUUAUCUCAAGAUUGAUCCUUAUAACUGACAGCCAACAGUUACGUAUUAUGCUCUCAAGCGUAAUUGCGGGAAGGUAGAAGAGAGACUUGGUUGUUCUCCACUUUGCCGUAACGAUGUCAAGACGCUUGUUGCUUCUGUGUAUUUUAGUAGGACUUGCGACUGCGUCGACAGCUUCACUGUCAAUUUUACUGGUACAAUCCAUCACGACGAUCAGUCACCACGUUUGGACGAUACCUUUGAUAAAAGGGCUGCUGCAAAAGGGUCAUCGUGUACAUGUAGUGAGCAUCUGUGAGACCAACAUCAAGGAUGAUUUGGCAGAAAAUUUGACAUACGCCGUUUUCGAUGAUGUAAUGAAAGAGUUACGCGAGUCUGAUACUCACGAUCCAGUUACAUGGAUGAAUUACAAUGCAUUUUACAUGACAUACUUUACGUAUUUCUGGAGCAUUACUACGUGUGAAAAAAUAAUCCAGAGUAAAGCCGCAAGAGAACUUUUGGAAAUAGUCAGAAGCAAUGAAUUUGACGUCAUAGUGCAGGAUGUUUCAUUCCAUCAAUGCCUGUAUGGAUUAUGGGAGGUUGCUAAAGGCAAACCUGUAGUGGGCUUUAUCCCGUUGGGUACUGUACCUUGGCUGAAGGAUUAUAUCGGCGGUCCGAAUUAUCCAAAUGUUCGAUCCUACAUGAAUGCAGCUAUUGCGAGACCCGUGAAUAUCUGGCAAAGGACAUUGAAUGUUCUUUAUUACAUUGCAGACGAUUUUCUCAGACAUUAUUAUUAUUUGCCUGCUUCUCAGCGGCUUGCUGAGCAAUACGUAGGCCAUAAGAUCAGGCCUUUACAUGAAAUAGAGAAAAGCAUUAACAUCAUUCUGGUCAAUAGUCAUUCCACAUUUGACAAUGGGAUUCCGUUGCCGCCAAAUGCCAUAGAGAUUGGUGGGAUGCACGCUCAAGUGCAGUCGGCCAUUGAGAUAAAUAGCAUAUGUGAAUUCCUUGAUGGAGCAGCGAACGGAGCCAUUAUAAUAUCGUUAGGAACAAAUGUAGAUUGGAAACACGUCGGAGUAGAUAAACUGAAGGUCGUCGUGUUGGCUCUGACGAAACUAAAGCAACGAAUACUUUGGAAACUAGAUAUUGAUGCACCAGUUAAAAUGUCAGACAACGUGAUGACCGUUAAAUGGCUUCCUCAAAACGAUGUUUUGAGUCAUAAAAAUGUAAUAGCAAUUUGGACGCAUGGUGGUCUUCUCAGCACGCAGGAAGCCAUUUGGAGAGGGGUACCAGUGAUCGGGAUGCCUUUCUUCUUGGAUCAAAAAUACAAUGUGGAGAAUCUAAUAGCCAAAGGUGCAGGUUUACGCUUGGAUUUCGAAGCAUUAUCAACGCAAUCUGUAUUAAAUGCACUUAAAGAGAUAGUUUACAAUAAGAGUUACAUGGAAAAUAUGAAACGGUUGUCCAAUGAAUAUCGAGAUCGUGCACUGCCACCGUUAGAUCUAGCGAUUUGGAACAUCGAAUAUGCCGUUCGCAAUCCAAAUGGCUUAGCAUCGCCGGUCAGAUCUCAGAGUUGGAUGGAGAAGAACUUGAUCGAUAUUUAUGCGAUUCUAGCCCUUAGUUUGAUCGUAACAUUGUCAGCUGUAUUCUUUGUAAUGAAGAUACUGUAUAAUUAUUUAUGUAAGAGUACUGCAUCUAAAUCAUGUAAAGACAAACAACUGUAAACCCUUAAAAUAUUAAUAAUAUCAUUAGUCACCUAUUAUAAAUAUUUAAAUAUUUAAUUUCCAGUGAACUUGAAAGCUUCGUUCUCUAAAUAAAAAAGAAUUUGCUUCUGCCCAAUAAUGUAUGUGUUAAGUAGUGGGCGCAAAAUAUAACAAUGGACUUUAUGUUUAAGUUGGCAGCGCGUAAAGUUUUCGCGGUUAUUACGGAGGUUGGCCCCCUUUCUUUUAUAUCGUUAGAUUCGUUCGUUCGCUCUUGGCGGGAUCAUUACGUAAAAGUGUAUUUCUCAGUUUUAUAUAAUAAACGUAUUUCUCAGUAUUAC